AUUCGUAAAUACACCGCGGAACAGUUAUAUCUCCAUCUGCUGACAAGGUGUGACGACGACGAGCAGGAAGCGGAGGAGGAAGAGGAGGAGGACGGCGAGGAGGGGGAGGAAAGACAAGAUUGCCUGGAUGAAGUAUUUGAGAUUCUCACAGAAACGCGCUGGGACUCUCCCGUGGCAGAAAUUAGGAAGGACCGCGACAAGCUCUUCGAUCUGCUAAAGGUCCCAAAGCUCCCUACCAAAGCCAGCGCGCAUCGAUCCUCCGCCGUGGCAAGCUGUUCUGCAACAGUUCUGUAAACCGUGGGUCUGUACCGGAUCGUGGGAUCUUAGGAAAUUGGAACUUAGAAUUUGGAGUUUUGAACAACAAGAGAGAAAAGACUAGACGAGUGUCUUCUUCUUCUUCUUCUUCUUCUUCUUCUUCUUCUUCUUCUUCUUCUUCUUCUUCUUCUUCUUCUUCUUCUUCUUCUCCGUCGUCUUCUUCGUCUCCUCCUCCUCCUCCUCCUCCUCCUCCUCUGAACAACAAGAGAGAGAAGACUAGACGAGUGUCUUCUUCUUCUUCUUCUUCUUCUUCUUCUUCUUCUUCUUCUUCUUCUUCUUCUUCUUCUUCUUCUUCUUCUUCUUUUUCCCUUCAUCGUCGUCUUCUAUGUCUCCUCCUCCUCCUACUCCUCCUCCUACUCCUCCUCCUCCUCCUCCUCCUCCUCCUCUGAACAACAAAAGAGAGAAGAGUAGACGAGUGUCUUCUUCUUCUUCUUCUUCUUCUUCUUCUUCUCGUCCUCCCUGCGCCUCCUCCUCCUUCUUUUUCUUCUUCUUCUUCAAGUUCUUCUUCUUCUUCUUUUCUUGAUUUUAUCAUUGUGUGAAUGUAUCAUGUAUUUAGUAUUUUUACUAUUUUACUAUUUACACAUUUGCGUAUUAAAAUGUAUUUCGACAUCGAUUUUCAAUCAGCAAGGUGGUCCUCACUCAUCAGAUUUUGUUCAAUCCGCAAAUAGAGAACAAUGGGGGAACCCGGUGUUAAAGAAGAUUCAAGGAGUUAUCCCUGGCCCAUCCAUGUUGCUAUAAAAUUAUAAAUGUCACACAGUAGUGCACACAUCUGCAAGACUGGUGAACUGCUGAUAAAUAGGUGGCCACGAC